AUGGGCGAAACCAAAAACAAGCUGCUAGGUCUCUUUAGGAGUCGAAGCACUGCGCCGCUGUCCUCCAAGAGCCCCAGCGAUAGAGAGAAGGAACGCAAGCACCGCAGAGAACGACCGGCCACCUCAAACCCUCCCCGAAGCCACCGGCGACGUUCACAUAGCCCGGGAUCACCCCACGCGAGAUCUGAGCCCCGGCGGUCGUCUGGAAUUCCUGUAUCUCCACGUGGAAGUCCGGCACCACCACAACCUUUGACGGAAUGGCCUCCACUAGGCGUUGCGCGAGAUGGGAGCCUCUCACAGGGAAAGGCGAUGGAGUUGAUUUGCUCUGGUGUUCCGGUCUUCAAAGGACAUCGACGACCGAUCCCGCACGCCUCUGAGGAAUACUAUAACUUGUACGUGACUGUCGUUGGGAAUGGACCCGAUGGAAGUGACAAAGCGGAGCCAUAUAAUGUUGCAUUUGCUGCGUGCUCAUUUCCACUCCAAGGCCAGGCACCAGCUGUAUAUCCGUGGGAAACUCUCGAGCAGCCAAGCAUGUCCUUCUGCUAUGGUGCACAGCCGGGCACAAUCACAUUAAAUCACUGGGUCGCCUUGUCCGGACAACCUGCACCCCCGAUCGAGCUUCGAGAUCCAGGCGUCAAGCCAAGAGAAGUGGAACUUUCGGUCAUCCUGGAAAGGCUGAUAUAUCUCGAGCAUGGAUUUGAGGAAGACUAUGAAGAAUUGCUAUACAAGAACCUCUACAGGAACCUUCUCAGAGACCCGGACAAGUUCAAGAAACCCCACAAAGGAAUGGAGACACAGAUAGCGGAUCUAAUUACUGUGUUAUCGAGGGAUGAGUGGAUCGACUUUAGCAGACCGGAGAAUCAGGUUGUGGCCAAGUACUUUGCUAAUGCUACGUACACGGAUCAUGGGAGGUACAAGACGUUCUUUCAUCAGCUGCUGUUGAGUUCGGAGUUGGAUCGCCGGAUACAUUCGAAGCACCAUGCGGAUUGGGCGAAGGAAAAAUUACUUGCUCAGCUACCGCCUAGUAUAGCUUGGGAUCUUGCCCUUGCUAGGAAGUGGCACGAGUGUAUGACCAUUGAGAAAUUCAAGACUGGUGGAGAUUUGGAAAGCAUCAGAUUUCAUCUUAAAAUUAAGAAAGGCCAAGUUAAAGCUCUCAGGAAGUUCGCACGCGCGAUGAAAUGGCCGAACCAUGCUAAGGUGGACGAGAUUUUGAGAGAACAGGAUCCUGAUGAGAAGCCUUUGGAGGAUCGAAGCUCCGAUACGAUGUCCUAUUUCACGGGGAUGGUUCUUCCAGGUGUGACACUACCCUGGCUUAUAAUGAACUCCCUAAUCGACUGUGAUUCGGAUGCAGGUGGUAAUGCCUUGGCCUCUUUAACACAUAUGCAUCCAAACAGCGGGUUCCAAUACAGGAGCACAACAUACUGGUCGGCAGCAUCCAUCGUCGGUAAAGUUCUCGCACCCACAUGUCGAGAAAUAGGAGGCUGGAUCGGUCCAGCACGCCCAGCGCCGGACCUCUCCCGAAUCCAAAUCGCACGCAUACGUCAACGAAAACCAAAGCAAUAUCUCACAGUAAGCGAUACCGAAAGCAUGACCGAACGCUCCGAUCCCUUGGGACCACCCUCGGACGAAUAUCCUGUAGCCGAAUAUCAACUCCUGCUCCCAGAUUUGGACCCAGAUAAGAUCGUCGACACGGUCCGGAUCGAAAAGUUGGCGCUGAAACCAGUUUCUGCAAGCAGCGUACCAGACAACAGGGAUAAAGAUAAACCUCUCACCUACGACGCAGCAGUACAAUUCGCCAUCGACGGGCAAUCCUGGCCCCUCCGCCUCUCCUACGACGUCUCAUUCAUAGCCGCAUGUCCCUGCGCCAGAGGUCCCCAUCCGCUGUUCUUCGACUACGUAUAUACAGCCGUUAAAGUCGACGAGAUCCUCAGGAUCAAAGACUGGGGCGGGUUGAACGGAAACGUCUCUUCUAUCGGCGCGGCAAGCAGCUCUGGCGGCAGGACUCUUGUUGAGGAGGAGGAAGAGGAUGCGCGGGAGAAGGUGCUGGCUAUUGAGGCGUUUGGUGUCAGUGAUAAUGAGGUGCUUGCGAGGGCGUGGUGCAGUCAUUGGGGACUUAGUGCGGUGGUUGCGGACAUGGAUAGGACGUGCAUGGCGUGUGCUAUUCGGGAGGCGUAUGCGGCGUGUCUUAAUGUGGUGAUCCUGGUGGAAGGGAUGAGUUAUGAUGAUGAUUCUUGA